UUGCUGAGGGGAUGCGGUGGCUCCAGUCUGAGAAUGCAAUGGCGCUCGAUAGUGUUGGGGCUCCUGCUGUUGCGGCUGGGCCUCCACCUCACCCUCUGGCUCCUCUGCGGCUUUGGGCCCAGCCUGGGAUUCUACCAGAAUCUGGUGCCCUUUCGGUUCGGCUUGAGUGUGGUCCGACAGGCCGAGGUUCCGGCCCAGGCCUUCCAGAAGCCAUCCUGGUUCGACCAGACCUGGGCCAAGCGGCAGAGGGCGGGCGGCGAGCCGAUGGUGUGUAAGAGGCGGCCUCCCGUGGUUUCCAGCCCCACCGGCCCCGGCUACAAUUUCCUGGACAGUUUCGGCGAGUACAGUCGCAAGUACAGCGCCUUCCCCGAGCUGCAGCGCCGCCGCAUGAAGGAGGCCGCCCAGCGCAUGUUCUACUUCGGCUACGAGAACUACAUGGAGCACGCCUUCCCGCAGGAUGAGCUCAACCCUAUCGACUGCCGGGGCCGCGGGCCCGACCGGGACAACCCUUCAAACAUCAACAUUAAUGAUGUCCUUGGGAACUAUUCUUUAACACUGAUCGAUGCACUUGAUACACUAGCGGUUUUGGGCAAUGCUUCAGAGUUUAAAAGAGCAGUGAAGCUGGUGACUACCACAGUUUCUUUUAAUAAAGAUUCAACUGUGCAAGUCUUUGAGGCAACUAUCAGGAUUUUGGGAAGCUUGCUAUCUGCACAUAUGAUUAUAAUGGACCCUGCUCAGCCUUUUGGAAACAUGACCCCAGAUGAUUAUGAUGAUGAGUUGCUUCACUUGGCUCGUGACUUGGCUGUGAGAUUGCUGCCAGCAUUUGAAAACACCAAAACUGGCAUUCCUCAUCCUAGGGUAAAUCUAAAGAAAGGGGUGCCUUCUACUUGUCUUAAUGAAACGUGCACUGCUGGAGCUGGUUCUUUGCUUGUGGAGUUUGGAAUCCUGAGCCGCCUCAUUGGGGAUUCUACAUUUGAGUGGGUAGCUCGCCAAGCUGUGAGAGCCCUUUGGAAACUGAGAAGCGAUGAGACGGGACUGCUAGGGAAUGUGGUAAACAUUCAGACUGGACAAUGGGUUGGAAAACAAAGUGGAUUAGGGGCAGGAAUGGACUCAUUUUAUGAGUAUCUUCUGAAAUCCUACAUACUAUUUGGAGAAAGUGAAGAUCUGGAGAUGUUUAAUGCUGCUUAUGAAAGCAUUCGGAAUCAUCUGAGGAGAGGACGUGAAGCUUGUAAUGAGGGAGAGGGAGAUCCUCCGCUCUAUGUUAAUGUGAAUAUGUUUAAUGGUCAACUAAUGAACACAUGGAUUGAUUCACUACAGGCGUUUUUCCCUGGUCUUCAGGUUUUAACAGGUGAUGUAGAAGAUGCCAUUUGCCUUCAUGCCUUUUAUUAUGCCAUAUGGAAACGCUUUGGAGCUCUUCCAGAGCGGUAUAACUGGCAGCUUCAAGCACCUGAUGUGAUGUUUUACCCACUAAGACCUGAAUUAGUUGAGUCUACUUAUCUGCUGUAUCAGGCAACAAAAAAUCCUUUCUACUUGCAUGUGGGGAUGGAUAUCCUCCAGAGUUUAGAGAAGUACACCAAAGUCAGAUGUGGUUAUGCCACACUUCACCAUGUAAUAGACAAGUCGAAGGAAGAUCGAAUGGAGAGCUUCUUUCUGAGUGAGACCUGUAAAUAUUUAUAUUUGCUAUUUGACGAAGACAACCCAUUGCACAGAUCUGGGAGCAAAUAUAUUUUCACAACAGAAGGCCAUAUUUUGCCAGUAGAUAAGCUUUUCAGAGAAAAGCCUUGGGAAGAUGUAUCUUCUAAGGAAGAAGGUACUGUAGAUAACUCUGGAGUGCUGGACCACAAACCUGCCAAUUCCAGCAUUAAUUGCAGCAGAGUCCCCAGUGAGCGGAGAUAUGCGCUGCCCUUGAAAGGAGUUUACAUGCAGCAGAUUGACCAGAUGGUGGGACUUCUUUAAAGCAACCUCAUAAAAAGGGCUUGUAUGUGAAUAAGCAGGGACUCAACCUUCAACUAUGCAACUUUUUAUUUUGUGUAUAAAUAUAUUGACUUUAUUUAUUACGAUUUUUACAACUUCUCAAAAACAUUUCUAGGACAUAAAAUUUCAUCUCUGUAAUAGCGAUAUUAUAUCUAAACCUUUGCUUUUGUGCAGGGGGACGAAUUGUUUUUGUUUAAAUGGGUGGGUUUUUGAUGCAUAGUGUCUUCUGUGAAGGCAUAGGAGUAAUCGCUUGACUACAGGGCUCUUCCAAAAAGAAUAAAAUGUAAGAAGACUUAUGCUAGCAUUUGUUUAAGUGGGUUUGAAUAUUUGUGUAAUUUACCCAUAAAUGUACAAUCAUUUGAAAUGAAGUUUCAGUGCACAUUACAGAAUGCACAUUUGUACUAAUAUUAAGUGCUGUGCAUGCAUCUGAGAACCAAGAAUUGGUGAUGAUCUGCACUGUGAAAGACCGUGCACACACUUUUGGGUAUUUUUCCAAGAGUCCCGUGUUGGGUGCAGGGUGUCCAAAUGUGGCAGGGGGUGGGGGGGGGGUGUAGAAAGUGUAAUCUCUGGAUUUACCUAAUGUGCCUUGUAGCUCACUGUUUUCACCAAAAGUAGAUCAUGGCAUCUCUUGUCUAAGCACCAAAUCCACAUUGACUUUGCUAGCUGUCUAAUGUGCAUGCAUUGCCCGUUAGAUGGUUGGGCUUGUGCCUGUGUUAUGGAAUGCAGCACUUAUGUUCAAAUGUGCCAUGAUUAUGAAGUAUAUUCUUCAGCCACAAUUUGAUUCAUUUUUGUGGAUGAUUCCUUGUGAUUUUUCUUCUGAAAGUAAAAUUCACUUUGCGCCUCUCUCAAAUAUAAAAACAGCUCAGAUAUCAUCACAGUGGCAGUGCCAAGACUGCACAAACCAUUGAAGGGGAAGAGGGUGUGUUGAAUGCUGCUCAAUACCUCCUCCAUAUUGAUACAGCUCAGUUUGGGAACUCUGCAGUUGGGCUCUAAUCAGCACACACUAUUCCCUGGUAUUGCUUUGUUCUAGUUUGCCAUAUUGUGCAGUUUAGUUUUGUUGACAUUCGCUAUUGGAAUCCUUCUAGCACUUUUGGCAAUUUAUAAAUGCUCCCUUUAAACUUCAGCACUGCCUGCUUUAUAAUCUUAUGUAUCACCAGUGAAUUCUUUGUCAAAUACUUUCAAAGCAUCUGUUUCUGAAUUACCUGUGAUGUAAGUGGAUCUUCUGAUAGGCAAUUAUUGAAAUGCAUUCCAUGUUUUUCUAUCUGAUGAAUUGUGACAUUGGAUGGGGGUGGUUCAAAUAGAACAAGUUAGGCUAUUCUGAUGUAAUUAAUUUUUCAGCAAAAUAUUGAACAUUAUAGGUUUUUUUAGUAUUUUCCACACUCCCACCUGGUUACUUAUUUCCUGGUGUACAUUAUACAUAUGCAGCCCUUGUUAAAUUGGGCAUUUUCUUUUGUGUAUGCAUCUCACUCUCUGGAUUGUGAAAAUUCAGCACAUGGGCGAAAUGGUGGAAAUUUCAGAAUUGUCUUUUUGCAUAUGCUACUGACAAAAGUCAAGUUAUCCAGAUAAAAGGAAUGAGAGAGUGGAGGAAACUGUUUCUAAAGUAUGACUAUGUGGUCUGGAAGAGCUGGCCUGCCUUUGACAAGUUGGCGAUCGAUAUUUUGCGAAGAACAAAAAUUGUGUAGUUCAAGCUGAUGAUCGUGUGUGUGGCACCAUGCAAAUUGAGAUGGGGUGCAGAGAUUAAUUAAAGAAAUCUGAAAGGAGCCAUUAAAAAGACUUGAAUUUAUAUAGCACCUUUUAUGACCACUGGGCAUCUCCGUCAAUUAAUAGACUGAAUUUUGUUGAUUCCAUGUUUUGUCACUGUCUGUGACUGCAUUUUCUGACCAAGUGUUUAAGGAGCUGUGCUUAAUCCACUAUUUCCAGUUGUGCAAGAAUGACUUGCAUUUCUGUAACACUAUCUUUAUCCUCCAAAUAAGGAAGCACUUUAUUCCUGUCCAGUGUCUUCGUUGGUAGGUAGAAUGAGACUGGGAACCAAAGGUUCUGAAAUCAUGGCUCAAACAUGCCUUCUGCCUCAAGGCCACACAUGAGGCUGUCUUCACUUAAGGGCUUAAUUUCAAUUUUUUUUCUACAAUACAUCUAAAAUAUCUGUACUCCCAGCUGGAUCAAAAUCCCUUGUUGGUAAUAGUUUCCUUGUUGGGUUGCUGAAAUUUCAAGUCUAGAAACUGGACCGAAAAUAAUUUGGACAGAUCUGUGCAUUCUAAUUAAUACUAUUACUAGAGUAAGUUUGCCUGUUCCCUCCUCAAACUACAUUUUGGCCUAUUUGAAUGAACAUUUUGUGCACCAGCAGCCUCUGUUUGCCCUCUGAAUUUUUUUUUCGGUCAAGUGGUUAACCCUCUACAAUCAUUUAAUCUCUAGUUCCCUACAGAUUUUGGCCUUUUGUGUGUGGGUGAGGGAAGGAGCCUGGCUGGGGAACAGGGCUGAAUUGUGUUCAGAGUCUUCCUUCAGUUAUAUGUGCAAUGAAGGUGCCAAAUGUUGGAAGUUUGAUGACCAAGGUUUUAACAUUUUAAGUGAUUUCUGUUUGUAUCACGUCCUUUUACCUAAUUGACUAACCUGGGUGUUGUGGCAGAUGACAAAGCACAUUGGAUCUGCCUCUUUUUUAAAAAUAUGUUGGUAAGAAUAAUUGUCAAAUUCCAUUUUCUUACAAAUAAAAGUAUUUACUCAGAAGCUGGAUGUUUAAUAUACGGGACAUUGUUGUAGUAUUAAAGUUUACCAAAAUCAAUGUGCAAUACACUUAUAUAAAAGAAAAACUGUAUAAAUUUUAUUUUCCCAGAAAUGAACAAUGGUACUGAAAUUGUCAAAGGACCAAACAAAUGUCAAUAAAAAUGUGGUGCCAUUGUC